UAAAACAUUAUUUACAAACAAAACAUACAUUUUUGAUGUUUUGUUUCGACAAUAGAUUGACAAUCAGUUCAACAGUUAUUGCGGUAAAAGUGGUCACAAAUAAUGGCCACAAUAACAACAACAACAACUGACAUCCAAAGCAAUGGUUUUCAAUCAUCUGAGACGAAGAUUUUGUGGUUUGAAUUUUUAUUGCAACCGAAACUUUUGGACACACAAUUGGUUUCCGCAGACAAGUCCAGUCAACAUCUGUUUGAAUUGAUAUCACAACUGUUGACCAAUGCGUUGACCAUUUCAACCACUUCACUGUCGUCAUUGACGACCACGAAUACCAAUGGAUCCAAUGAUGAGACAACUUCAGCGGUUAGUUCAUCACAACAGCAAACGGUAGACUCGAUCAAGAAAGCGAUGGAUUGCAAGAAGAGUACAGCCAUCCGGCACUUGUCGUUCAAAAUUAUGGCACAUUUGAAGUGGGAUUUGAAUUUAUUGGAGACUAAUCUCCCGCCGACACAACAAGAUUUUUUGUUGAGCGAACUGAUCCGCUAUUGUGACCAAAACAACAGUCCCACCGGUUGUAAACUAUUUGCUUGUAUUCUCUACUAUCGAUGGAUUUUGCGAUAUAUUAUUAAAUCUAAUUAUCCGUUAAAACCAUUGAAAGGUCCGACAAUUCCUUUAACACUUCAGCAACAAAUAGAUCCUUGUUUUGUGUCUAAUGAGGCACUGGAUCUGCUUAUGAAGAAACUAAUGGAUGAAUAUUUGAUUGCAGUAACAGAUUUGGAAAAAGUGGUUUACGAACAGCAAAAGUCAAGUAAAGUUGAGAUAUUAAUGCCAACAAAUGAUUGCUUUGCUUUCACUUCUGGUAAUGAAAUUGUUUGUCACUGGAAUCGUUGUCUUAAAGUACAUACAAUUGAUAUAAUCGAUGAUAUUCUCUAUGAUAUCGGUCGUUGGUUUUUCUUUCGCGAAGAUUACUAUAAAGCUAAUCGUUAUUUUGAAUUAAUUUCGAUGAAUAAAAGGGAAUCAAUGAAACAUUUAAAUGAUUUAUUGACAUCGACUCGGGAUCUGGUUGUAGAGUUAGCCCAUAAGGAUCAAGACAUUGAAGUUAUUGAUUUCUACAAACAGUCAAUCGAUUCAUUAGAAGAUUUAUUGAAUGGUAGAACUUUUGAUUUAAGUUUCUUCGAGAGUUUGGAUUCGCCUGAAAUCAUUAGAAUUUUAGAGAAUGCUUUCAAACAUAAUUCAAAUACAAAACAUAGGAAUAAACUGAUUAGACUAACGAAAUACUUGGCAAAUAAAAUCAAGAAUUUAGAUCCAGAAGUGAAUAAAUUAUUAUUAUUUAUGAAAAAUGACGAAAAACCAAUGGAAGUGGUAAUUGAUUCCGAUAAUGAAUCAGAUAUGUAUGAAGAGGGAGAGAUUGAUGGCGACGCUGACGAUGAUAUUAUCAGUAAAGAACCGGAACUUGUUUUACUGGAAGCUACAGAUCCAGAGACGAUACAAGACUUGGUUUCAAAGAUCAAAAAGCAUCCGCUUAUGAUUAACAACAAAUGGAUUUUACCAUUGAAUCAAAGUAAACAUCUUCACAAUAUGUCUCAGACUCAAUACGACAAAUGCCAUUUAAUUCUUGCAAAAGCAAAUCAACUGAGAAAUGCUGAGCUUUUUGUUGAGUCAAGAAUUUUAUAUUUAUCAUUAUUCGAGGACAUCCAGGCAUCACUUCCACAGUUAGCUGAUGUCAUUAAAUGGGAGAUAUUUAGGACAGAUAUGGAAUACCAUUUUCAUACCACUGAUGUUGAUGAACGGCAUAUCAAUGAUUUGAGAGUUAAAGCAAUUAAUACAUUGAGAACUAUUGACAAUUUGAAUCUAAUGAAGGAUUGGUCUGAAUUGACAGAACUCUGUUGUCUAUUUCUUUUGGAAUCGUUUCCACAAACUCUAAAAGACUUUAAUGUUUCAUCGGUUCCAUUAAUCAAGUUUUCAUCGGCUAUUAGUUGGUUAGCGUUUGAUACGUCUGCCAAUGGAAACACUGUUGUCAGAGCUAAGGAUUUUUGGGAUAUGAUUACAAAUAUGUUUGUCGACAACAAUAGCAACAAAUUGUCAACUCUUUUAUUUUCAAAUUCUUUUACCAGUUUUGUGUCUCAAUUCAAGGAUACAACAGUAAUAACUCUUAUAAUAUCAUGUUUUUCAAAACUACUUAAUCUGAUUCGUGACAAUUCAGCUCAAGAACUGACAAUUCCAUUGCAAUUCAACACUUUAUGGCCGACAUCUUUAGUCCAAUCGUUUAUCCAAAGUAUCGACACAAACGCAGUCCAAUUGACUUUAAAUAAACUUUUGGAUCAAUUUUUAUGUCAAAAACCAAAUGAAGUAUAUUUACUGAAAUGUAGGGCAGAGUUGUGUCUAAUGGACGGACAGUUUGCCGAUGCAAUCAAAUACUUUUUAUUAAUAUUGACGAUUAAAACCAAAUACUUCACGUGUUUUAGUUAUUCAUACACUGAAGAAGAGCCGAUUAUUCAGCGUAUGAUUCAGUGCUGCGUUAAGAUGUGUUGUCACACUCAGGCAGCACUUCUUCAUCAGCUGACCCGCGAACCCAACUAUGGUUUGGCAUUCAAAGCUCUGUCUGAGCGCGUGUGCAACGACUCGUGCGAUGACUUAUAUGAGUGUAUUUGGGACACGACUUUGUUAGAGUUUCUCAUUAAUUUACAUUCAAGAAGAGGUGAAAAUGAAAGGAAAACAAAAGCAAUUCAAUUGAUGGGUCAGUUAGAGCUUAACGCCAACAACAGUGAUGUUGUACUCCAAGAGGCCGCACAUAUCAGGAGAAGCAAAUUGUUAAGGAUUUUGUUGCGAACUUACGUUUAAAUCAAUGCUUUUUUUU